AUGCCUGUGCUGUCAGCAGCUCGCCGCUUUGAGGGGCAGGUCUGCAUUGUCACCGGCGGUGCUCAAGGCAUUGGUCGCGCCAUUGCUAUGGCCCUGGCGAAGGAAGGUGCUCGAGCUGUAUGGAUUUUCGACAAGCUGGAUGGCACUGCGGUGGCCACAGCCUUGGCGCAGGAGAUUCCAGGGAUCAAGGCCCAUGCUCUUCAGUUGGAUCUGGCUGAGGAGUGCGUCGGGGGGGCGAUAUGCCUGGGAGAAAUGGAGAUAUAG